CUAGAUGGCAGCAUAUAUUUCACGUGACCGUGAGCCCGCUAGUACCCAAAGACUAAAAAGAAGAUUAUUAUUUUAACCUGAAAAAAGAAUCCGGAAGUGUUGGUGUUGUUUUUAUUUCGUUCCUCGUCUACAUUGUUUCUUGUUUAAGAACAUCGGAAUCCGGACAAAUUCACUAUGAACCUGGAACGACUGCCCAACGAGGAGAAGCUUACUCUAUGCAGAAAAUAUUAUUUAGGUGGCUUUGCAUUUCUCCCGUUCUUGUGGCUGGUAAACGUUGUAUGGUUUUUCAAGGAAGCCUUUGUAAAACCAUCCUACACUGAACAGGUCCAGAUAAAAACAUAUGUGAAGCGGUCGGCUCUUGGCUUGUCGUUAUGGGUAGCAGUACUCACAACGUGGAUAACAAUCUACCAGCAUUUCAGAGCAGAAUGGGGGGCAGUGGGAGAUUACCUGUCAUUUACAAUUCCUCUCGGUAUUCCCUGAGAAGUUUUUGAUGACAGUCACUUUGGAAAUUACUAAUGACCCACUGCAAAGGACCAACACAUUUCUUUUUCUUGAUAAAAUGAAAGGGUUUUUUUUUUUUUUUUUGCUUUAAGGAUUUGAUCUGAUUAGCUGGAGCCGAAAUCACUAAGGUCAAAAUAACCUUGAAAAUUCUUGUAAAAUUCUCAGAAUUCCUUUUGAGAAUAUUUAGUUUAAGAAUAGAUUUUUCAUCUUGCAUAUUAGGCAGUUUUUAUUGUCAAACAUCAGAUGUGCAUUAAGAUUUGAUUUUCUUGCAUAAUGAUGUUAAUUGUUAAUAUUUGUGAGUGACAACAUAUUUGUAGUUGAAUGAAUAAAAAUGAAUACUUGUUUCGCCUCUGUGA